GUUUACACAACUGCUAAAAGUAACGGUUCUUGGCCGUGACUGAGCCACUCAGAACCGGAUUGAACUGGUUUAAGCUAGCAGAACUUUCAUCACGGUGUUAAUUUCCCUAAAUGCCUUGAAGCCCCCUGGAGCAACAAUUCCUAAAUAGUUUACACUAUUAAAAACAUGGCUUCUGCAGCCGGCCUCAAGUCGACACUCGAGGAACUGCAGUUUUAAGCACUUCCGCCUCGGCUUCAUUCCUCAGGAUCAGAAGUUGUGCGAAGUGCUCCAUCUUCUCAAACAUAGACCAUCUUUGUCACCUGCCCUGAGAUGGAAUAAACCUGGGAGUGAAGAAGCUUCUCAUUUCUCCCCGUGCACUCCGCAUGUAAUCUAAUCUGAGGACGGCAUCACACCCACAUACCUUCAGAGUUAAAGCCAUAAUAAGUCACUCUGACAUUAGAACUAGCUAACAGUUGAGCAGGUCAGUAUUGAAGAAACCCCAGGUAAGUCCAUGCAGUUCUACUUUUUGUCCAAUAGAUGGUGCUAACCAACCAUGGAGUUGACUUUAAAUCAGCUCAGCAGAAUGAUGGAAAUCAGAAAUACUUUAUUUAUCCCGGGGAGGGAAAAUGUGGGCAUUACAGAGCUCUUAUAAACAGUAUGUAAGAAAGUCAUUUAUUUAUUUAUCAUUUAAAAGGACCAUGCAUAUUAAUUAGUACUUCUGUAAAUUUGCCAGAAUUAGCCAGAAGGCUUGUUUAUAUCCCUUGUCCCUUGCUAGAUGUUAAAAAGGCUCCCUAAAAAGAUCAAGAUUAAACAAAAAAAUUAAAAUAAAGUAAAAUAAAAUAAAAAUCAUCAGACAGUGACUAUCAAUCAUUAAACUAGCGGCAUACAAUUCAAAUGAAGCAAUGUAUAGACUGAGCAACUAAUGCACAUAACAAAUAGACCACACAAGCAAGCAACAGAACAUACAAAUAAAAUAAAGAUCAAAUACAAUAGAUCAAAAUAAAACAAAGAUCAAAUAAAAUAGAAUAAGAUAAAAUAAUAAAGUAUAUACAGAAGCCCAGAAUAGUUAGUUAGCUAUGUACAGAAGAGCUGGGAAUGAAGGUGAUAUAUUCAAGGAUGUUAAAGUGACAGGGAUAUUGCACGGUGUAAAAAGCAGAGAUGUUGAUCACCCGCAGGUUAAGUCCACAACAUGUUGUUUUUUUAGGAAGCUGGAUUUAAAAAGCCAACUCCCUAAAACACAACAUCUCGGAUAUACAGAGCUGUGAUUGAUACUUUGGAGCCAGAGAGGAAACUUGUCGGUGAAACUCUGAAGAGCUUGUAGAAUUUUAACCUGUAACAAGGCGCUUUGUGCUAAACACCUGAGAGAACAAGAGCCUGGACAGUGAUAUGUUACACUCAACCUCAUCUUGAUUCAGAUGCUGCCAGAUCCAAUCAAUGACUGCCACUAUCCUGGUUGGGAAUGUCUUUAUAUACCACUUUCCUUCUUAACAUUGAGGAAAUCAAGUGACCUUAUAUUCCAUGUCCCCAUGAGCAGGUAGGACAUCUUUCUUGUCUCUCUCCCUUAUACAAAAUUAGGAAAGCAAGUGAACUGCUAUACCACUUUACCAAUUAACAGGAGUGGAAACAAAGUUUCCCCUCCCAUAUACUCCAGUCCUCAUAUGUGAGGGGAAACACAUUCUUCAUAUACUAGUGUCUUCAUAAACAGCUCUCUCUCUGGUCGGUUUCCCUUUUCGAGGCUGCUGAUUAAUUUCACCUUUACUCAUCAACUUCGUGAAGAUCAGCCAUCUGAAGGUGGAGGUUCUACUAUGGAUCAGUGUGAGGACAGAGAGGAGGGAGCCCCUCCCUCUAAAACUGCUCUGUGUGAGGAACAUGAAGCUCAGAGCCCAGAGCAACGGCAAAGACAAGACUCAACUGGACCUGGACCUAAACCAAGGCAGUAUUCCACAGGUCUUCUACAGCUGAUGAGUGACUCUAUAAAUUCAAUAGGUGGACAGACGUCUACUGAUAAGAUCCCAGAGAAGCAGCACAGACCAGACUCACCUGGACCUGGACCUGAACCUGAACCUGAACCUGGACCUAGCUGUGUGUCCAUGAAGAGUGACAGGUCGAAGGAUCUACUUAUUUAUUUCAAAUGUGGACAGCACUCAGCUGAUCAAAGCUCAGAGCAGCAGCAUGGACCAGAUUCUCCUGGAUCCGGACCUGGACCCAGCUGUGUGUCCUUAAAGAGUGAAAGGUCUAUGAACCAAGUUGUUCAAUCUCAAAAUGAACAGCCCUCUGCUGAUCAAAGCUGUGUGUCCUUGAAGACUGACCGGUCUUUGAACCAAAUUGUUCAGUUUGAAGAUGAACAGCAAUCUGCUAAUCAAAGAGAUCAGCUGCAGAAAUCAGAGGCUCCCAUUGGUCAGUCUUCCCAGCAACAUCAAACACAGCUGGACUCCAUAUUGAUGAUGCUCCAGGAGAACAUCAUCAGUUUUGUAAAGAGCGAGCUGAAGGAGAUCCAGAGAGUUCUGAGUCCAGAUUACCCAGAAUGCUUAGAGAGUCAGAGGGAGGAUGAGGAUGAAGAGCAGAGAAGGAGCAGAGAGGCCUUUCUGGAGAUCACUCUGCACUUCCUGAGGAGAAUGAAGCAGGAGGAGCUGGCUGACUGUCUGCAGAACAGAACUGUUGUUCCAGAGUGCAGACGUAAACUGAAGUCUGACCUGAAGGAGAAGUUCCAGUGUGUGUUUGAGGGGAUCGCUAAAGCAGGAAACCCAACCCUUCUGAACCAGGUCUACACAGAGCUCUACAUCACAGAGGGAGGGACUGGAGAGGUCAAUGAUGAACAUGAGGUCAGACAGAUUGAAGCAGCAUCCAGGACCCCACACAGACCAGAGACCACCAUCAGACAAGAAGACAUCUUUAAAGGCUCACCUGGAAGGGAUAAACCAAUCAGAGCAGUGAUGACAAAGGGAGUGGCUGGCAUCGGGAAAACAGUCUUAACACAGAAGUUCACUCUGGACUGGGCCGAAGACAAAGUCAACCGGGACAUCCAGUUCAUAUUCCCCUUCACUUUCAGAGAGCUGAAUGUGCUGAGAGAGGAAAAGUUCAGCUUGGUGGAACUUGUUCAUCACUUCUUUACUCAGACCAGAGAAGCAGGACUCUGCAGGUUUGAAGAGUUCCAGGUUGUGUUCAUCUUUGACGGUCUGGAUGAGUGUCGACUUCCUCUGGACUUCCACAACAAUCAGAUCCUGACCGAUGUUAGAAAGUCCACCUCAGUGGAUUUGCUGCUGACAAACCUCAUCAGGGGGAAACUGCUCCCCUCUGCUCGCCUCUGGAUCACCACACGACCUGCAGCAGCCAAUCAGAUCCCUCCUGAGUGUGUUGACAUGGUGACAGAGGUCAGAGGGUUCACUGACCCUCAGAAGGAGGAGUACUUCAGGAAGAGAUUCAGAGACCAGGAGCAGGCCAGCAGAAUCAUCUCCCACAUCAAGACAUCCCGAAGCCUCCACAUCAUGUGCCACAUCCCGGUCUUCUGCUGGAUCACUGCUACAGUUCUGGAGGAUGUGCUGAAGACCAGAGAGGGAGGAGAGCUGCCCAGGACCCUGACUGAGAUGUACAUCCACUUCCUGGUGGUUCAGUCCAAAGUGAAGAGCAUCAAGUACGAUGGAGGAUCUGAGACUGAUCCACUCUGGAGUCCAGAGAGCAGGGAGAUGAUCCAGUCUCUGGGGAAACUGGCUUUUGAUCAGCUGCAGAAAGGAAACCUGAUCUUCUAUGAGUCCGACCUGACAGAGUGUGGCAUCAAGAUCAAGGAAGCCUCAGUGUACUCAGGAGUGCUCACACAGAUAUUUAUAGAGGAGAGAGGACUGUACCAGGACAAGGUGUUCUGCUUCAUCCACCUGAGCGUUCAGGAGUUUCUGGCUGCUCUUCAUGUCCAUCUGACCUUCAUCAACUCUGGAGUCAACCUGAUGGAAGAAGAACAAACAACGUCCCUGAUCUCUAAAAGCUUUAGUGGCAAAAAGAAACUGAGACGUCUCCAUCAGAGUGCUGUGGACCAGGCCUUAGAAAGUCCAAACGGACACCUCGACUUGUUAUCCCGCUUCCUCCUGGGUCUUUCACUGCAGACCAAUCAGACUCUCCUGAGAGGUCUUCUGACACAGACAGGAAGUAGCUCACAGACCAACCAGGAAACAGUCCAGUACAUCAAGAAGAAGAUCAGUGAGGAUCUGUCUGCAGAGAGAAGCAUCAACCUGUUCCAUUGUCUGAACGAACUGAAUGAUCGUUCUUUAGUGGAGGAGAUCCAACAGUCCCUGAGAUCAGGACGUCUCUCCAGAGAGAAACUGUCUCCUGCUCAGUGGUCAGCUCUGGUCUUCAUCUUACUGUCCUCAGAGAAAUUUCUGGAAGUGUUUGACCUGAAGAAAUACUCUGCUUCAGAGGAGGCUCUUCUGAGGCUGCUGCCAGUGAUCAAAGCCUCCAACAAAGCUGUGCUGAGUGGCUGUGACCUCUCAGAGAGAAGCUGUGAAGCUCUGUCUUCAGUCCUCGGCUCCCAGUCCUCCAGGCUGAGAGAGUUGGACCUGAGUAACAACGACCUGAAGGAUUCAGGAGUGAUGUUACUGUCUGAUGGACUAAGGAGUCCACACUGCAAACUGGAAACUCUCAGUCUGUCAGGAUGUCUGAUCACAGAGGAAGGCUGUGCUUCUCUGGCCUCAGCUCUGAGGUCUAACCCCUCUCACCUAAGAGAGCUGGACCUGAGCUACAACCAUCCAGGGGGCUCAGGGGUGGAGCUCCUGUCUGCAGGACUUGACAAAUUAAAGGUGGACCAUGGUGGAGAGCAGUGGUUAAAACCUGGACUGAAGAAGUAUGUCUGUGAACUCACUCUGGACUCAAACACAGCAAACAGAAAGCUAAGACUGUCUGAAAACAAGAAGAAGGUGACAUUUGUGAGAGAGACUCAGUCAUAUCUUGUUCAUCCAGACAGAUUUGACUCCUGGCUUCAACUGCUGUGUAGAGAUGGACUGACUGGUCUCUGUUACUGGGAGGUCGAGUGGAGAGGAGAGGUUGAUAUAUCUGUGAGUUACAGAGGAAUCAGCAGGAAAGGAGACAGUGAUGACUGUGGGUUUGGAUGUAAUGAUCAGUCCUGGAGUCUGAUCUGCUCUGACGAUGGUUACUCUGUCUGUCACAAUAACAGAAGAACAGACCUCCCUCUCCCCUCAGCCUCUGACUCUGACAGAGUAGCAGUGUAUGUGGAUUGUCCUGCUGGCACUCUGUCCUUCUACAGAGUCUCCUCUGACACACUGAUCCACCUCCACACCUUCAAAACCACAUUCACAGAACCUCUUUAUCCUGGGUUUGGGUUCUGGUCAUGUGGUUCCUCAGUGUCUCUGUGUUCUCUGUAGGAGAAAACUUUCAACCGCAUCUAAAAAUAGAUGGUAAAAAUUCCAAAAUGUUAGUAUUUGAACGCUACUCAACAAACUAAAGCAAACAAAAAUGCAGGACCCGAAAUGCAGACUAAAAAUAAAGGUUUAAUAAACAAAAGAGAUAAAUGUAAACCAACUAUUAUCAAGGAACAACACGAGGACAGGUUUGACACAAUGAACUAACACAGGAGAGGGGAAACGGAUAAACUCAAUACACAGGGUAACAAGCAGCAGGAGUGGACACAGGUGAAACUAAUGAGUGCAAUCAAAAUGGAGGUAAACACACAGGGACCAAGAAGUACAAAGUAAAAAAACGGAAACGCGAUAGACUCGAAACACAGGGAAUACAACACAAGACAAGGUACCAAGAGACACAAGGAGGACUUAAGGAAGUUACAACGAAUACAGAAUAUAAACAGAAGGUAAAUCUACAUCUUUAUGACAGGAAAUCAAGCACAGAGGCGAUCAAAACUAAACAAAAGCAACAUAUGACAAUGUGGCCAACAGACCAACAGCAACAAGAUUGAUGUACAUAUAAGAAGAAAAAAAUCUAUUUUUGAUAUUUUUGACUGUUUGAAAGAAAGGAGAAUCUUUAUCAGCAGACUUUAGAAACUUACUCAUGUACAGGAUAAGCUCAGCAAAGAGAGAUGAGUGUAUCAGUGGAGAAAUGUAUCCACGGUUUUAUAAUGUAUGCUUGAAAAUACAACAAAACAUUUACUGUAAUUACUAUUUUGAUGUUAUUACACAAUUAAGAAAUAAAUAAAAGAUGACA